AUGUUUGAAGUGAUGCACGCCGGGUCAUGGCACAAUCGACACCCUGGGGAUACACGAAUUAACCUUGAUUUGGCUGGAAUCGUCUCACUGUACGACACCACGAUCGCACCAUCACUCGUUGGUUCACGCGCCGGCCAGGAGCGGUGCGACCACCGCGUACAAGGCAUAUCUUCCGUAGAUAUGGAGGUGGUGAGACGUAGCGUCUCUCGCGCCUUAGAGCGGCAUCAGGGCGACUUUAGUGGCAUCGACUGGAAAACUCUUUUCAGAGUCAUCGUGGAACGUUACUCAGACCGCCUUGACUUGAUGGACUACCUUCUCAAUCACACCUCGGAAAAUGACACGCCUUGGGACCAAGCAAGCAAGGUGCACUUCCAGCUGCGCGUGAUGCUCACGCCAUACAUUUUCCACACUAGUGUUCCCCCCAGCGCAUCCUAUGACUCAGCUCAUUCCUGGGCGACACCAGUGUUCAAAGCAUGCGGGACUGUGCACACAUCGUCCAUCGCAUCAUAUAGUUCAAGCUUGAACCAUUCCGAACGCCUACUGUUGAAUGCAGUACAAGAAACUACACGCGAGAUAUGUCGCAUUAUCACAAAGAUGUGGGCUGCUGGCGUCGUUGCAGGUCUUGAUCCAUAUCUUCCCCGUGAUUCCCCUUCAGACGCCGCAGAAAUUGCCCGCCUGAUAGAUACGUGGAGGCAAGAAAUAAGUGAUUUGAUGGCUUGGCUUGAUUGGAGCGUGUGGGUUAGGUGUCAUCCAGCUUGCGGGCCUGAGGAAAUGUGCUACCUUCCCACUUGGCCCAUCAACGCGCCGUGGCCAGGGCACAGACUAUCUCUCAAGCACAGACUCCUUAUGCAGCUUGCGGGUCCUGGGGGUGAUGAAUGGAGGAAGCCCCAGCCCAAGUGCAUUAGGCGAAUUGCGCCAUAUGGUUUCUAG